CAAUAUUGCGGAAAAGAGCAAAGAAAGGCUGAUAAUCUUAGGCAGUUUUAAGGAAGAGGAAGAUGACGAAAGAAGUACUACUACUAGCUGUUUGUGUCUAAACUCCAUGAAGAAGAAGAUGAACAAGUUUUGGAAAGAUUCGGUAGAUUUCGCCAGAAAAGCAUGGGAAAUGGGACGUUCCGAUCCCCGGAAAAUCAUUUUCGCGUUUAAAAUGGGGCUGGCUUUGGCACUUGUUUCGCUGCUCAUUUUCUGGAAGGAGUCAUACCAUGACAUCGAUCAAUAUGUGAUCUGGGCAAUACUCACCGUCAUUGUGAUGUUUGAGUUCAGUAUAGGUGCCACUUUGAUUAAAGGGUUUAAUCGUGGAUUAGGAACACUAAUAGCUGGAAUACUCGCAUUCUGCUGCGCGCAGCUGUCUAAGCUGGUGGGCGACCGGUGGGGUGAAGUUAUAAUCGUCAUAAGCGUUUUCGUAGUAGCAUUUUUCGCGUCAUAUUUGAAGCUCUGCCCAACAAUGAAACCCUACGAAUAUGGGUUCCGAGUGUUUGUAUUGACGUAUUGCAUACUAAUGGUGGCUGGGCUUAGAACUGGGCAGUACAAUGAGGCAGUGGUGACUCGGUUGGUGCUCAUAGCAUUGGGUGCUUGUGUGUGUUUUGUGGUUAACAUUUGCAUCUUCCCAAUUUGGUCCGGUGAAGAUCUACAUCACUUGGUCGCCAAAAAUUUUAAGGGCGUCGCUUCCUCCUUAGAAGGUUGUGUAAAUGGUUACCUUCAGUGUGUUGAAUAUGUGAGAAUCUCUUCUAAGAUUCUGACAUACCAAGCUGCCGAGGACCCACUGUACAAGGGAUACCGGUCGGUUGUAGAAUCUACAAGCCAAGAGGAAACUCUGCUAGGCUUUGCAAUAUGGGAACCACCUCACGGACGUUACAGGAUGUACAAUUACCCGUGGCAAAACUACGUCAAAGUGAGCGGUGCGUUGAGGCACUGCGCCUUCAUGGUUAUGGCACUUCAUGGAUGCAUUCUCUCCGAGAUACAGGCUCCAGCUGAGAGGAGACAAGUCUUUCGCAGUGAACUUCAGAGGGUCGGCUCAGAAGGCGCAAUAGUCCUUCGCUUGCUUGGAAACAAAGUGGAGAACAUGGAAAAACUUGGUUCCAAAGACAUACUCAAAGAGGUUCGUGAAGCAGCUGAGAAGGUGCAGAAGAAGAUCGACCAUAGAUCUUACUUACUAGUCAAUUCUGAAAGCUGGGAAAUCGGAAGACGACAUAUUAAUGAUGAACUAGUGCAAGUGGAGAAUAUUAACGAUCAUCAAAAUGGUGAUUAUCGACUGGGAUCUAAGUCAUUGAGCGAGACGGUGCUUAACAUAGGCACUGUUCCUAUGGCUCGCACGCCUUCUGCACCACCGAGUGAUCAUGAGCAUAACAAUGCGCCUUGGCCCUCGCGGAUGUUGUUUAUUGGCAAUGUGGGAAAAGAAGAGAAGAAUUACAAAACGUACGAAAGUGCGAGCGCUUUGUCUCUUUUCACGUUCGCUUCGCUUUUGAUUGAAUUUGUUGCGAGGCUUCAGAAUGUGGUUGAUUCUUUUGAAGAGCUUAGUGAAAAAGCAGACUUUAGAGAUCCUGUUGAUAUGACCGUAACCAUGGCCGCCGGUAAGAAAAAGAGGUUUGGUCUUUGUGGGGGAUUGCUUUGCUGCUAAUUCAGGUUGGAAAGUUAAGACUGCAAUCUGUGGUUCAUGGUAGCAGAAUAAUCUAGAUCGUCAAAACUCGUGGAGAUCACUGAUGUUUUUCCACGUUACGUUCAACAAACUUUUGAGUCUUGAGCUGAGUUUCAAUAUAUAUGUGUGUGUGUGUGUGUGUAUGCAUACAUAUAUGUGUAUUCAAAUGAAACAAGAUAUCUCAGGGAGCUGUUGAUGAUGUUUUGCACUUGAUCCUUAUAAAGUGCAUGGGAAUAAUUUUCAUGAUUUUUAGGAAUUAAUGCACAAGCA